AUGGAAAGCACUAUUGUCGUGGUCGGCGCAGGCGUCAGUGGCCUCACCUCGGCGCUUCUGCUCGCGAGGGUGAAUGCCGGAAGCAUCACCGUGGUAGGCAAACAUAUGCCCGGCGAUUACGAUAUCGAGUAUGCGUCGCCGUGGGCUGGCGCCAACUUCUCGCCAAUGGCAAGAAAGUCGCACAACAGGUGGGAGAUACGAACCUGGCCAGAGCUGAAGCGCCUGGCCGAGGAGGUUCCCGAAGCGGGAAUCCACUUGCAGAAGUAUCGCAUCUACAGGCGUGAGAAGGACAUGGAAGGCGGCUUGUGCAUCGCUGACCCCAUGUUUGACGCUGAUCCCUGGUACAAGGGCAUGUUUCCGGACUAUCGUGAGCUCGGCGCCGACGAGAUCAUCCCCGGCCACGACUCGGGCCGCGAGUUCACCAGCGUGUGCAUCAACACAGCGACUUACCUGCAGUGGCUUCUUGGGCAGUGCCUCAAGUGCGGCGUCGUCGUGCGGCGGGCGGUGCUGACACACUUGGCGGAGGCCCGCGAACUCAGCCAUACGGGCCGGCCGGCGGACGUGAUCGUCAACGCGACUGGGCUCGGGUCUGCGCGUCUUGGGGGCGUGCAGGACACGGCCAUGACGCCAGCGCGCGGGCAGACGGUGCUGGUGCGCAACGAGUGCACGCCCAUGGUGUCUACGUCGGGCACCGACGACGGCAACGCGGAGAUUCUGUACGUGAUGCAGCGGGCCGGCGGCGGCGGCACCAUCCUCGGCGGCACAUACGACCUGGGCAACUGGGAGUCGGCGCCGGAUCCCAACAUCGCUGUGCGCAUCAUGCGGCGCGCGGUGGAGGCCUGCCCGCACUUGGUGGGGGGCGCAGGCCGGGGCAUCGAGGCGCUCAGCAUCGUGCGGCACAAUGUAGGCCUCCGGCCGUACCGCCCGUUCGGCGUACGCAUCGAGCGAGAGAGGCUGCUAUCGUGGAAGGAAAGGGACAAGGCGGAGGCGCCGUGGGUGGUGCACAACUACGGGCACGCAGGAUGGGGAUAUCAAGGGUCGUACGGUUGCGCGGAGCUUGUCGUCGAGCUCGUCGGCCAGUGUCUCCACGACAAGGCGGCGGCGGCCUUCGAGGGCAAGUCGAAUUAG